AUGAGUGUAAAGAGGCUCAAGCUCAGUGAUUUGCCGAGUUGCGGGAACUCCAGAAAAGAUCAGCGGCAUCAAGUCGACAUUCUGCUCGCUCAACAAUUGAUUAUCAUGGAGUUCUUGUCAAUAGCGGCAGUUCUAGUGAUUGCUGAGUUAUUUGCUCCAGGCUUGGGUUUCCAGUGUCCAAAAGCCAUGUUCUGGUUCGGGGAUUCUAUUGUCGAUACAGGGAAUGUUCAAGCAGCAGCUCCGUUUAUUAGUGCCGCAGAGUAUAAGCCUUAUGGCAUGACUUUCUUCACGGAGGCUUUUGAGUAUGAUAGAUUCCUGGAUCCCAUUUUGCAAAGUAUUAACUCGAAUUAUGCCAACGGGGUGAAUUUUGCGGUCUCUGGAGCGACUGCUUUGAACACCAGCUUCGAAGUCCCACUGUACCUUCCGGUUCAGAUUGACCAGUUUCUGAGGUUCAAGCAGGAUGCUUACGACAGCGGACAUGGUAAAGGUAAUGAUUCUUCUCAGACUUUGCAAAGAAGCCCUGAGAAUGUAACAGCUGAGGUUGUUCCAUUCGUUGUGAGAGCCAUCUCUCACGCAUUACAGGACUCUCGGGGUUGUCUUCUUCCUUUUAACCAAGUUGCGGAAGCGUUCAACAAGCAGUUGUAUGAUGAAAUCCAAGUCUUGCAAAAGAACAGGACGGGAUUUCAUCUUCUUUAUGCAGAUGCUUACAAAUUCACUUUGGAUGUCCUGGAUAAACCGCUAGUUUAUGUUAUCCAGCCAAACGGUACCACUUUGAAACCUUCGGAGUACGUCAGCUGGGAUGGCGUUCACUUUACUGAGUCGUUCUAUCGGAAGUUGUCAAAGGCAUUGCUCACAGGUCGAUACAUUUAUCCAUCUCUGAACAUUACGCAGAUUUGCAACUUCACUUCCAAUAGGAAAGUGCGGAGAGAGCCCGAAUGA